AGCCUUACUCACACCACCACAUGGCUUUGUCUCCUUUAUGGCAAAGAUUGGUGUUGUAGUCUGAGGGAACUGAGCCUCAGCCAGAUACUUGUCGAGUGAGCUCGUUAAGCCAAACAGGUUUCUGACGCACGGGAGACGGUACUCUUUACACCCCACUUCAGUGUUUCAAACGUUCCAGAUCCAACAAGAUACAGGGUCGAUGGAUGGCAGCGUGCUCCAGAUGCAUCCCUCAUGCCCAGGGGGGGUGAAGGGUGAAGCACAGGGCUGGAACCCCAGACGUUCUGACCACACUCUGGUGUUCCUGUGUGAGUUCCGACCGUCGCCAGGCACCCCUCCUGCCGCCGACCUCGACCACACCGCAGGGACUCCAGUGUUUGGGCGGUCCGGCCCGGAGUUUGUGGAAGUUACCGUCCCUGCCCAGUGUAGCAUUCAGCAGCUGAGGCUCAGACUCUGUUUGAAGGCGCAAGAGCAGAGCUGCCACCCUAACCUCCUUGGCCUCCUGGACCCCGAGCAGUACCUCCUGCUGUACGCCCGUGGGCAGGAGUGGUACGAGAUGUACGACGACUGCCAGGUUCUCCGGACUCUGGACGUCCCCUGGAGCCGCCUCGCCGACGGGCGCCUGGCGGCGACGAUCGCGGUGACGCCCGUGGCGGCAGCCGACGAUGGCAAACGGCAGCGGCAGCAGGCCCUCCUGGCCACCCUGAUUGGCCACGACCUGGACCGGGAGGCGACCAAUCGGCUCGGAGAGCUCAUGGUCACCCGGAGGAAGCUGGCGUCUCCACGGCGACAAGAGCUGAAGUUGCGCGACAACGUGGUUUAUGCCACAGAGCCCUGGACCACGACCGCCCCGCUGCCCAGAGACCUGCUGCCCCACGGGGACAGGAGCCUGAAGGUCACGCUGCACUAUCUGCAGAUGCUCAGCUUCAGCAUGGAGGUGAAUCCCUCCAUCACACCCCAGCUUCUCCUGGAGCUUUGUAACGAGGUGACGACCGACCAGGGCUUGGAGUGCUGGCCCUCAGACAGCCUGGUUCUAAAGGUGACCGGCCGGGAGGAGUUCUUAUCAGGAGACUUCCGACUCCUGGAUUUCCUUUGGGUCAGGAAGUGCCUGAAGAGCAGCCAAGACCUGCACCUGUCGGUCCUCUCUGUGGCCCAGCUCCCACUGGAGGCUGUGCGGCUGGCUGACUGGCCCCUGGUGGACAGCUUCACGGGCCAGUCCAGCUCCCACGACGACCUCCGCCUGGAGGGAAAGGACUUGGACGACAUAUUCAUGAUCUCCUUGUGGGACUGCGACAGGAAUUUCAGGUUCAAACUCACUGGCAUUGACAUCCCAAAGCUUCCGGCUAAAGCCCCUCCGUCCGUCUGCGUAGAGGCCUCCAUCAUUUACGGCAACAAGGUCCUCCUGUCCGUUGCCUCGACGACGAAGUCCUUUGCAGACGAAGUGCUGUGGAACGAGUGGUUGGAGUUCAGUGUCCUGCUCAGUGAUCUGCCUCGCGGUGCUAAGCUGGGGCUGACCGUGAAUGCCUGUAGUAACGAAACCGCCUCAGAAAAACCGGAGAAGGGCAAGGGCGGGACGCUGUUCUUCGUCAACCUCCUCCUCAUCGACCACAGGUCACUCCUGAGCCAGGGACCGUACACCCUCCACAUGUGGCCCUACCUCGGCCAGGAGGGGGAGGUGGUCACCUACCAGGCGGACCGCCUCUCCUCCGCCACCAACCCGGACGUCACCCACUCCAUGGCCAUCAGCCUGCUGCUGGACCGCUACAGCUUCCCCGUGGUGCUCCCCAACGGUGCCACAUCCCCUGAGUCUCGCUGGCCCCCGGCUGAAGCCAGACCAGCCCCGGCGUCCCCUCUGUGUGGGACAGUAUCCCCUGUAUUCAGGCCUGGGUCUGCUGGCCUGGAGAGCGUCCAGACCUCUGAAGAAAUCACUCCCUCUGGAUCUCCGGUGUCUUUGGAAUCCAGAACAGGAGAACCUACGAUUUCCGGGGUCUUUCCGGACAAUUUCCUCCCUCGGCUGCCGGUCUCUCCCGAGACCCCGCCAGUCGCGGAAGAGAUUAAUAGGACGUCCUAUCUCGAUAGGUCUACCGCCUCUCUUUCCCCUUCCUGUCCAUCCUCGACCUCUGACGCUGCCUCACGCAUAACUACUACGACUGCUCCUGGUUGUACUAUUUAUACUGCUCCAGUUUCUACUAGUUCUACUGCUCCAGUUUCUACUAGUUCUACUGCUCCUGGUUCUACUAGUUCCCCUGCUUCUUCCAAACACUCGGUCAGAACUCCUCAGAGCCCCACGGCGGAUUUGCCAGGUGACGCCGCUAACGCCCCGGCUGCUUGGAUUGGUUCAGACAAAGCCCACCUCAAGAGGUUCGGGAAGGAGCAGAGUGUUCACUAUACGUCCAACCUGCCGACCUUCCUGCGCAGCGUCGAUUGGCUGAAGAGGAACGUGGUGGAGGAUGUCCAUUGGCUGCUGGAGCACUUGGAACCCGAGGAGCUGGACCUGUCGGUGGCUCUGGAGCUGCUGAGUUUUGACUCCAUCGACGAGAGCGUGAGACGGCUCGUUGUGCAGAGGUUGGAGAGCCUGUCCAACGAUGAAGUACUCAUGUAUCUGCUGCAGCUAGUGCAAACCCUGAAGGUGGAACCGUUCCACGACAGUUUCCUGGCCUGCUUCCUUCUCCAGAGAGCCCUCCGGAGCAAGAGGAUCGGACACUUCUUCUUCUGGUACAUGCGCAGCGAGGUGGCUGCCUGCCCCUACUUCCGCCAGCGGAUGGCGCUGGUGCUGGAAGCCUACCUGCUGGGCUGUGGACAGGCCAUGCUGGACGGCUUCUCCCUGCAGGUGCAGGCUGCCCAGGCCCUGCAGCAGGUGGCCCUGCAGGUCAAGGAGAUGUUCCCCGACAAGACGGACCUGCCCCCCACCGCUGCUUUGCAGGUCCAGGGGCUCCUGGAGAGGAGCGACCUGCCCAAGGAGUUCCUGGUGCCCUUUGACCCCCGGGUCAAAGCAGGAGCCAUCCUGCUGAAGAGCUGCAAGGUGAUGGCGUCCAAGAAGAAGCCCCUGUGGCUGGAGUUCCAGCCCAUGCCGUCCCCCUCCCCCACCCCCCCGCUGGGCAUCCUCUUCAAGGAGGGAGACGACCUCCGCCAGGACAUGCUGGUCCUCCAGACGCUGGUGGUGAUGGACUCCAUCUGGCAGGAGAAGUCCCUGGACCUGAACCUGGUGCCGUACGGCUGCAUCGCCACCGGCCACAACAUAGGGAUGAUCGAGAUCGUGAGGAAGGCCGUCACCAUCGCGGCCGUGCAGCGCAGCGAGGGCGGCACGCACGGCGCAUUCAAGAACGACGCUAUUUUCAACUGGCUCCGCGGCAAAUGUCCGCUGCAGGAGAUCCACUUCAGGGCCAUGGACAUGUUUGUGACGUCGUGUGCUGGUUACUGCGUGGCGACCUACGUCCUGGGGAUAGGAGACCGCCACAACGACAACAUCAUGAUCACCAACCAGGGUAACCUGUUCCACAUCGACUUCGGUCACAUCCUGGGCAACAGGAAGUCCUUCCUGGGCGUGAGGAGGGAGCGGGUGCCCUUCGUCCUCACGCCGGACUUCCUGUAUGUCAUUGGCGGGGUGAAAGGUCGCGACAGCCUCUGCAUCCAGCGGUUCAAGGACAUCUGUACGGAGGCCUACCUGUCUCUGCACUCCCAGUCCCGCCUGCUGGUCACGCUCUUCUCCCUGAUGCUGCUGACGGGCAUUCCCGAGCUCAGCGCCGCUGACGACAUGCGCUACCUCCGGGAGGCGCUGCAGCAGGAGCGCAGCGAGGAGCACGCACGCGACCACUUCCUGCAGCAGAUCGCCACCUGUGAGAACCUGGGCUGGACUGUGCAGGCCAACUGGUGGAUCCACAUGCUGGUCGGCAUCAAGUAGAGAGCAUCUAGUAGCCCAACUAGACAUCUAGUAGCCCAACUAGACAUAUAGUAGCCCAACUAGAAAUCUAGUAGCCAAACUAGACAUAGAGUAGCCCAACUAAACAUCUAGUAGCCCAACUAAACAUCUAGUAGCCCAACUGGACAUAUAGUAGCCCAUGUUGACAUCCAGUAGCCAAACUAAGCAUCUAGUAGACCAACUAGAUAUCUAGUAGCCUAUCUAAGCAUCUAGUUGCCCAACUAGACAUCUAGUAAUCCAACUAGACAUCUAGUAGCCAAACUAAAUAUCUAGUAGCCCAACUAAACAUCUAGUAGCCCAACUAAACAUCUAGUAGCCCAACUAGACAUCUAGUAGAACAACUAGAUAUCUAGUAGCCCAUCUAAGCAUCUAGUAGCCCAACUAGACAUCUAGUAGACCAACUAGAUAUCUUGUAGCCCAUCUAAGCAUCUAGUGGCCAAACUAAACAUCUAGUAGCCCAACUAAACAUCUAGCAGCCCAACUAGACAUCUAGCAGCCCAACUAGACAUCUAGUAGCCAAACUAAAUAUCUAGUAGCCCAACUAAACAUCUAGCAGCCCAACUAGACAUCUAGCAGCCCAACUAGACAUCUAGUAGCCCAACUAGACAUCUAGCAGCCCAACUAGACAUCUAGUAGCGCAACUAGACAUCUAGUAGCCCAACUAGACAUCUAGCAGCCCAACUAGACAUCUAGUAGCCCAUGUUGACAUCUAGUAGCCAAACUAAAUAUCAUGUAGUUGUCCAUUCAGACAUCUAGUGGACUAUCGAAGAGAUCUAGCAGCCAAUCAACUACCAAACUGUCUUCGUUGUACACGUGAAAUCUACGUUAGAAUAGAAAUGUGUUAGUAAUGUAUAAUAUUAAACUUUUUAAGUGCCUGACAA